CAUCUUAGCAGUCCUUACUUCACAAGCUCUCCAGUUUCCUUUCACUGUCUGAUGCUCUCAGGUUGACUCUUGGCCGUGGUGUCAGUUCUGCAGAGAGAUGGUGAGUGAAGAGGACACAAGUAGCAUAUUGGCUGUAGGUGGCGUCUCAACAUGGGCAACAACCUAUCGAUUCAUCUAUCCUCUAUUAUUUUGCGUCAAAAGGCAUCAGACUAACUUGCUCUUCCUCAGAAGACAAUUUUUUAUGUUGCUCCUAUAACAACGAGAAUACGUGCUGGGUUUGCUUUAUGUCCCAAUGUUAUCAGCAAAUAUAUAAUAGAAGAGGUAGCAGAGAUGAAGAUGCUGAGGUUCUCUCUGGGAGUGAACAGGAUGGAUAGGAUCAGGGAGCAGUAGAUCAGAGGGACAGCACAUGUCAGGUGUUUAGGAGACAAAGUCAGAGAGGCUAGAUGGAGAUGGUUUGGACAUGUACAGAGGAGAGAGAGCCAGUACAUUGGUAGGAAGAUGUUGAGGUUGGAACUGUCAGGCAGAAGGUGGAGAGGAAGGCCAAAGAGGAGAUUUAUGGACGUGGUGAAGGAGGACAUGAGGUUUGUAGGUUUGAGAGAAGAGGAAGCAGAGGACAGGGUGAGAUGGAGGAGGAUGAUCCGCUGUGGCCACCCCUGAAGGGAGAAGCUGAAAGAGGAAGUUUUGAAAACACCUGAAAAUAGAUACUAGGUACUUUAAGAAAGUUAGCUUCUGUCGCUACAAACAAAUAUCUUACAGUCCUUAAAACCAGUUAGACGGAGACCAAGUAUUUAUUCAAGCGUUUAGCUCAGUUUUAGCUCAGACCUUUGCCCUUGCUGUGACUUCGGCUUGAUCUGGGUACAACUGGACAUACAGUGUGAUCGGAAGGUGGCAGUAAAUUCAUGUUUAUAACAACACAGUGAGUGCCAUGCCUGUUGUACUUUUAUGAAUUGGUAAUAGAUUCUAACUCCACAUUGCCAGAGACAGAUUUCAUCUUUUCAAAGCCAUGAACGUCGCCCUUUAUCUCAAGAUGGAGGCCAUUGAAGAACCAAACAGACUGUGGUAUUUGGAAUCAAAAUAUUUGGUGCCGUGUGAUCAAAGUUGCCUUGGCUCACGUAUGGUCCACCUCCAGUAUGAGUCCUUUGAUCCAGUCCUAAGCGUCAGAUUGUACUGUUAUUUUAUACAAAGAAUCAGAUAAACAUAAAAAGUCUUCAACAAAGCCAUAAAGAAAGACAAACAGAGCUGAUGUUGGAACCUAAAGGUGCCCACUGAAAUCCAGCCCGAUGACAGUUGGAAGAAUGCUGGCUUCAUCGAGGACUGGAGCAUGGUCUCUGCCCUAUCUUUUAAGCGUGAUUAUUUACUUAAAACAACAAACCGAAGCCCUGAGUCUGCCAUUGUGAACGACAGGCCUUUGAUUGAGCUCCAAGCGCACAUUUUUAACUUAUAAAUUGUUCCACCUCUUUGUCUGGGGCAUUAGCGGCAGUGGUCUGCGUUUUUCUUGUCCUAAUCUCAAGAAUGCAGCAGCCUCUUGAGAAGCUCAGGGGUUUCCUCCUCUCCCCGAGUCAAGUCUUCACUUUGUUUUCUUAGACGACUUCGGCAGAUGGACAGGCCUCACCGUUACCCCUCUCCCCAGCCAUCUGUUUUCACCAAUUCUGGGAGAACACAUCAAAGUCAAUCAAGUCUGCAAAGCGUUUUGAGAGGCCUUGUGUGUGAUAAUUGAAGCAAACUUUUCAUCGGCCUCACAAAAAAAAGAGAGAGAGAGACAUCUUCUGCGUGUUUGUGUGCAUGGUUUUCCAUUUAGGGGUGACCUGGGAGGGAUCCCUGAGCUCACAGCGCAGGUAUGAGGAGCUUAGCUUUGUUCAGCGCUUAUGCUGACGACAGCUCGGUGACUCACGCAGACGGUCCUCGCUUGGUCAGGUUCCAACAAUCCCCAACAACUCCUGGCUGAUAAAAUAAUCAUUAGUAAGAUGCCAACACGGAGAGAGAAGCAGUUCCCAGUAUAGUUGUCACUUCAUCUGUAGUAUGUUAAAUCCUGCAUGUUGAAGGUUACGUUGGAAAUAUAGCCCAGGUUAAUAUCUUAAAAAAAAACAUUACUUUGCAAUAGAAUGUUGAAAUUUGAAAAAAAAAUAUUUUUGCUGAAAAUAAAAGAACAAAAGUGUCCAUAAAAUAGGUGAAAUAAAAAUGAUGUUGAUGUAUUUUAAUGCUUUCCACUGUACAGUAUUCUUAUUCCAACACAACCAGUGUGAGGUUUAGUCAAAGAUGGGUUUGAUCAACAUAACACAACCCAUCAACUAUAUAUGAAUGUAUGUAAUUUUAUUUUUACUACUGUAUUAAACAGCUGAAUAUCAAUUACCGGUCAAAAUUCAAUGAAAUUCUGAUAUCUAAAGUCAAUCCCAUCUGCAUCGAGUGAGGGACAGGUGACACCCUGGACAGAUGUUCCUGUCUCUGUGUCAGAACAGCCACUCGCACAGACAGCAACUUGUAGAUGAGCUGUGCUUUGACUUGUACAUUGAUUCACAAUGCUUGACACGUUCAACUCAGUGUAGGGAAAUCACAGCUCACUGUUCAACCAAUCACCGGCGAGAUUGUUGACUGACAUUGGGGCGGUGCUUGUCGCCUAGCAGCCGCUCUAACACUCCGCUGAUAGGAUGGCGACACGGAAGGGUUUGCCGUCUAAAAACAGCACUCGCAAUUUGGUUUUCACCUCAGUUGCCUUCCAAGACCACAUCAACCGGACCCUCUUUCUUCCGGAUCUGUUGCUCUCCGACCCGUUGCACAGAAACAAAUUGAAAGCACCCCGAACUUUGCGAUUGAGAAAUGAAGUGAUGGUGAAGGAACAUGUGGAGCUGGAUCCUGUGGGUGACAGAGAAUAUGUCCUGGAUGUGACUCCACCACCUUUAACUCUGGCUCAGAGAGUGGGUUUGGUGCCCGCUCCUCCCGAGCGUCUGAGCGAGGAUGAGUGGAGUCAGGUGAAGAGCCGAUCGGUUCAGGAGCGUGAAUCAGAACAUCCUUGCGCAAUAUGCAAGGAGGCGUUUCAUCUGCAGCCACAGGUGCUGCUGUCUUGUUCCCACGUGUUUCACCGAGCCUGUCUGCAGUCCUUUGAGAGGUUUUCAAGAAGAAAGUGCUGUCCCAUGUGUCGAACAGAGCAAUAUGAAACAAGGGUGAUCCAUGACGGCGCACGUCUUUACAAACAUCUGUGCGCAACCAGAAUUCAAGCCUGCUGGCGAGGACACGCUGCCCGGAAGAGGUUCCAUGAAAUACGGAAAACUGUCUGCCCCAAAGACAAACAACUAAGGCGGAAAUUCUUGGAAGAAAAGUUGCAGGAACUGAAUGACUGCUUCGUCCUGAACCUUCACACUGACACGGAUGCUUUCCUGAGUGAAAUCGACCAAUCGCUGUCAUCCAGCCGGCGGAUUUUCCAGCAGCUGGAGAGAAAGUUGAGUCCUGAACUGAAUGAGGAGGACUGGGCGAGGCUACAGAGCCAGGUGAUGAGCCGCGGCGUGUGGGAGUGUCCAAUCUGCCUGACUGCUCUGUGCAGCCUCCCUGAAACAGAAGCCGAUGGAUCGAGCCACAGUCAGAGACGCACCGCUCUCCUGUCCUGCUCUCAUCUCUUCCACCAGCACUGUUUAGAGGCUCUGGAAACCUUUGCUGGAGCCAGGAGACCCUCCUGCCCCCUCUGUAGGUCAGUCUACCAUAGGAGACUCAUCUAAACCCGGUAGACUGAACCUCUAAAAACCAUACAGUAGAGCUUGACUUGCACCAGAGGAGACAAAUCAUUACGUCCUGGACUGGAUGAAUAGAGAAGAACUGAACAUCAAGAGUGAGCAGGACUUGGCAACUCUUGGAUUAAUGCUAUGUAACAAUGUAAACGUGCUUCAGCUUCUGCUGUCUGCUCUCUGUUGUGCCCCUACUACAACACUACAACAGCCCUCGUCUCCUCGACCGGGAAGAGGUUUUCAAUCUUUAUUUGCUCCAACUAUACUAGGCUUCAUAUUUACCGCAUGACAUUGUCGCUUGUCACAAUUUCAGGAUAAAUGAUACAUUCUUGUGACAAGUGUAUAGAUUUAGAUUGCUGGCAGCCUCCUGCAGAAAAACAGCAUGGUAAGUUCAGGCUCUCCUGGGCAACUUGGAGUUUGACUCAUGCUUUGAAAGAGUCCUGGUUCAAAAGUCAUGACGAGUGGUAACCAAGUGCGGACACAUGAUCGGAUAACUAUAAAUGUUUUAUCAUCCAGUGCAGCUGACUCGAUUUUGUGAGUCAUUUAUUAAGCCGUUCUCAUUGAUUCUAGUUGAUGGACUUAAAGUGAGAGUGAAUUCUUGUAUACAUGAAACAAAAUCCACUUUUUUUUUUUAAGUUUUAUUUCCAAACGCACAAAACAUAAAAAAUAACGCUGUCCACUGAGCAAACUGACAAAUACUAAAAAAAUGUACAUUCACAAAACAUACUAAAAAUGACAUGCAGCGUCCCAUUUUGCUGAAACUCACGACAGAGAUGUGCUGCAGAAACGACGACGAUUGUGAUCAUUUGUUAGCUCUACCUGCAUUCUCCUGCAGUUUGCAUAUAUUCUGUAUGUAGCUGCAAGAACGGUGGUUGAACAACAAAACUCGAUGCAGCACAAGCCUUCUGUGUAGUUUUCAGUAUUUAUUGAAUGCUUGUUUAACUUUACGUUCCAUUUUGAUGGAAGAUCCACCUGAAUUAGAUCUUUGGUCCUCGCUUUAAAGAACUUUGACUUCAACUGGAACAUGCACCUCCACUGUACACUACAUGACUUUGAAGAUGCUCAUGGACUUCAGGCUUCACAAAUGACUAUUGGGAGUUGACAAUAUGUCGGCAGCUAUUGUUCCCAACAUUUUCUCACGCCUCAAUUGUCAAGUAAAAUAAAUCUAUUUCCAUCAGCCUAAAUGAUAGUUUGUUCCAGUGGUUGUACAUUUUGCAUCAUACCUGAAGUUCAUUUAAUCUUUGAAGGUUAAAGAGUAGGUUUACAUCACUCUUA